AGCAGCGGCGGCGGCGGCUGCAGCUCCGGCCGCGCGCCCGGAGGGGAGCCCGAGGCGGCGGCGGCGGCGGCGGCGGCAGGCGCCGGAGGAGCCACCGAGGCUCUGGCGGGCUGGGAUGAAGCCGGGGGCGGCGGCCGCCUCUGGGGCCAAAUAGCUUCCCGCGGCGGCGGGGGCGCCGGAAGGGGCGACGGCGGCGGCUGCUGCUGCUGCUGCGGGGCAGAGGUGGAGCAGGCGGCGGGCGAGGGCGACGGGGCGGGGGUCGCCGCGACCGCCGCCCUCUCCGCCGCCGGGGACUGGGGCGCAGCGGCCGGCGCGAGGAUGGCCGCGCCGCCGCCGGGGUACGCGCUCUCCGACCCGGGCUCCAACAGCGAGCGCAGCGCCGACUCGCCCCUGCCCAGCGACGGAGGGGGCGGCGGCGGCUCGGCCGGGCCCUCCCGCGCGCCCCCGGGCAGCCCCGAGUGGGGCGAGGAGCGGUUCCGCGUGGACAGGAAGAAGCUGGAGGCCAUGCUGCAAGCUGCUGCUGAAGGAAAGGGGAAGAGUGGAGAGGACUUUUUCCAGAAGAUUAUGGAGGAAACUAACACCCAGAUUGCUUGGCCCUCUAAACUGAAGAUUGGCGCAAAAUCCAAAAAAGAUCCUCAUAUUAAAGUCUCUGGAAAAAAGGAGAAUGUUAAAGAAGCUAAAGAAAAGAUCAUGUCUGUCUUGGACACAAAAAGUAAUCGGGUCACCCUGAAGAUGGACGUGUCUCAUACAGAGCAUUCUCAUGUGAUCGGCAAAGGAGGAAAUAAUAUUAAAAAGGUGAUGGAAGAAACAGGCUGCCACAUCCAUUUUCCAGAUUCUAAUAGAAACAACCAAGCGGAAAAAAGCAAUCAAGUGUCUAUCGCAGGGCAACCAGCCGGAGUAGAGUCUGCCAGAGUUAGAAUACGGGAGCUGCUCCCUUUGGUGUUAAUGUUUGAAUUACCUAUAGCUGGAAUCCUUCAACCAAUCCCUGAUCCAAGUUCUCCCACGAUUCAGCAUAUAUCGCAGACAUACAAUAUUUCAGUUUCCUUCAAACAGCGUUCUCGGACGUAUGGUGCGACGGUCAUCAUCAGAGGAUCCCAGAAUAAUGCUAGUGCCGUGAAGGAAGGAACAGCUCUGCUUUUGGAACAUCUGGCUGGGAGCCUGGCUUCUGCGAUCCCUGUCAGCACCCAGCUAGACAUAGCAGCUCAACAUCAUCUCUUCAUGAUGGGCCGAAAUGGCAGCAACAUCAAGCACAUCAUGCAGAGAACUGGUGCUCAGAUCCAUUUCCCCGAUCCUAGUAACCCCCAGAAGAAAUCCACAGUCUACCUCCAAGGCACUAUCGAAUCAGUCUGUCUUGCCAGACAGUAUCUCAUGGGCUGCCUUCCUCUUGUGCUGAUGUUUGAUAUGAAGGAAGAAAUUGACGUAGAACCACACUUUAUCACUCAGCUGAUGGAGCAGCUAGAUGUCUUCAUCAGUAUUAAGCCAAAGCCGAAGCAGACGAGCAAGUCUGUGAUUGUGAAAAGUGUUGAGCGAAAUGCCUUAAAUAUGUAUGAAGCACGGAAGUGUCUCCUGGGUCUGGAAAGCAGUGGCAUUGCCGUAGCAACAAGCCCGCCCCCCAUCUCUUGCCCGGUUGGCCUCUCUUGUCCUGGCUUGGACAUCUUGACCUCAGCUGGCCUCGGACUAACUGGACUUGGUCUCUUGGGUCCAACCACUUUAUCUGUCAACACAUCCACCCCCACAAACUCCCUCCUAAAUGCUCUUAAUAGUUCUGUUAGUCCUUUGCAGAGUCCAAGUUCAAGCACCCCAAGUCCAACUCUCUGGGCUUCAUCAAUUGCUAAUACAAGCACUACAGGUUUCUCUGCUAUUCCUCACCUGAUGAUGCCACCUACUGCACAAGCCACAUUAACCAGUAUAUUGUUGUCAGGAGUGCCAAACUAUAGUCAAAACACACCAUCUCCCCCUCCCGGCUUAACUCCUGUUGAUAUUCAUGUUAAUGGCAUGCAAGUGGAAAACAAGAAAAACCCAACGUCGUUAAAUGGUCAUGUAAAGACCUCAACUAUGAAGUAUCCUGCACUCUCUGCCACAGCUCUUGGUGAAAACGUAUUAAGUUCAAACCACAGUGAUCCUUCCCGGACGAUGGGUAGCCAUAAUGCCUCCGAACAAGUGACAGCCAAGACAAAUACUGGCGAAGGUUGCAAUGACGCUUUUGUGGAAGUGGGUAUGCCCAGAAGUCCUUCGCAUUCUGCAAAUGCCAGUGAUCUGAAGCAGAUGAUGAGCACCUCCAAGCAGCCCUGUGCAAAGAGGCAGACCGUAGAAUUAUUGCAAGGCACCAAAAAUUCUCAUUUACACCCGGGGGAGAGGUUGCUGUCGGAUUCGGAACUGAGUGCCUCAGAGACCACGGUGGCUGACAAAAAGGCACCGGGAAGUGAACGAGCAGCUGAGAGGGCGGCCGCCGCGCAGCAGAAUUCGGAAAGAGCACACCUUGCCCCGCAGUCUACGUAUGUGAACAUGCAGGCAUUUGACUACGAACAGAAGAAGCUACUAGCAACCAAAGCUAUGUUGAAAAAGCCUGUUGUUACGGAGGUGAGAACCCCCACGAACACGUGGAGUGGGCUGGGCUUCUCCAAAUCGAUGCCAGCAGAAACCAUCAAGGAACUGAGAAGGGCUAACCAUGUAGCCUACAAACCGUCCAUGUCGACAACCUAUGAGGGCUCCUCGAUGUCUCUCUCCUGCUCGAACAGCCGGGAACACCUGGGGAGUGGGAGUGACUCAGAUAACUGGAGAGAUCACAACGGCAUUAGCCCUGCAGCUCCGGGGGACUUUGUUUCUUCCAUGGGAAGCCCUAAGCGGAAACAAAAAUCAAGUGAGCAUUAUCUCAGCAGUAGCAACUACAUGGAUUGCAUCUCCUCCCUGACAGGAAGCAACGGCUGUAACUUGAACAGUCUGUUUAAGGGAUCUGACCUACCUGAGUUGUUCAGCAAACUGGGUUUGGGCAAAUACACAGACAUAUUCCAGCAACAAGAGAUUGAUCUUCAGACAUUCCUCACUCUAACAGAUCAGGAUCUGAAAGAGCUUGGGAUUACUACUUUUGGCGCACGAAGGAAAAUGCUGCUGGCAAUCUCAGAACUGAACAAAAACCGAAGAAAACUGUUUGACCCCUCCAAUGUCCGGGCCUCGUUUCUGGAAGGCGGUGCCAGCGGAAGACUGCCCCAUCAGUAUCACUCGGACAUUGCCAGUGUGAGUGGCCGUUGGUAGCAGGAAAUGGAGGCUUUCAUGGUGGACUUCACAAAUCAAUGGACGCGCAAUCCUGUGGACCGUCAUCACUGCACACCACCCUCUGCACAUUGGGAGUUUAGGUAUCAAGGGCCAAAGCCUCCUUUUUUGCACAAUGUCAUGUGCCGAACGAGAGGGAGUGAGGACAUUUGUCUGUUUUUCCAAGCACCAAAUGUGGAUUAUGCCUUACUCACGUAGAUUGGACAGAAUUUGCAAUAAUAUGGGGGGAGGGUGCGUUUAGUAUUUUAUUACUUAUAAUAACUAUAUUGUAUGCACUGAAUGAAUUUUUUUUUUACUUCUUUGGAGAGUGACGGGCAGGGGUGCCAGAUGGGGGCUCAUAGCUUGUGGUUUUUAUCAAGGAAAUUUCUGGUACUGCUUAAUAAUUAAUUGAGGUCUUUCUGCACUUUAUGUGUUCUGAUUGCUUUUCCUGUGGAAAUUUUUAUUGUUUUCCUCUAAUUUCCAUGGGAAAAAAGAUAUUGUAGUGGCACUAAUCCAUGUUUGCCAGGUGCAUUCCCACGAUAGGUGAAAAGGCUCCCCAUAAAUGGUACGAGCAAGUUGAAAUGUAGAUGAUGGUUUUCUUUGGACAACUGUAGGGAAAUUUUCCAUAAUCAGGUCUACCAAUAUUAGUCUCCAACCUCACUUGGAAGGAAGUCUUAACGAAAUAUUUGCAACUGAGCUUGCACACUGUCAAAGGUGCAGUGAAAGACCAAAAUGGACCUUGUUGCCAUCACUAACCCUAUUUAGCUGCUGCCUGUAAUGCUAAACCUGAUUUUAAUGGUUAUCUCAAAGCAAAGACUAUUUUAGUAUAAACUGCCACUAAAGGACACUUUAUUUAUAGCAAACGUCUUAUUUUUUAGAAUCUGUACACUUAUAGUGCGUAAGAAAUUAAACUGAUCUACUAAAAAGUUUAUGGUAGAGAAUGGGAAGGGGUUCAUGAAGCCGGACCUCCGGGCCCUUGUUCGUUUGACAGAGCAUUAAUUUCAUUUGACAAGACAGCUCUGUUGUUGUUAUUCCCAGAAGGAUGUGGCUGGCGUGAGUCUCCGUGCACCCACUGAGAUGUUCGUCAGGUACCUGCGUGACACCUGCCUUCUUGACUUAAGUUCAUAAUUGUCUGCCACGAACGCUUUGAGUUGGGCUAUUUUCAAGACUCUGUGUUUGGGCGAUCCCUGGAGAGAGUUCGUGGGACAACUUGGUGGGGCAAACAGUUGUGUUCUUAUAUUGUGAAAGGUCGAGGAAUCUGAUUAUAUUGUUCCUGUCAAAUGACUUGGUGUAAAUUUAUGAAGGAUAAUAUGAAGUGCCUCUCAGUGACGCAAAAUGAUGUUUCCAAACGUGAAUUUGUCAAUAGAAGGAAGACAUUCCCAUUGCAUAUAUUGUGAAUUACUUGUACUGUAAUUUUUUUUAUUUAUGUACAGUGUACAAACUCUUUAGGGUGGAGGCAAACCACUCUUAAGAAAGGCAUUAACAAUUACCGUGGUGGUUUUUUUAUAUAUGCAAGACAGGGGUGAGAAGUAGUUUUCACACUUUUUGUGGAUAUUCCUUUUUCUGUGAUGAAGAAAACACAAAGGGAAGCUUAGAAAGGUAAGAGCGUAGUUGUAACAUUUUGAAAUAAUCAUCUGCUCCACAUCAGAAUUCAUUUUAAUCACAUCCAGUGACAUCUCAACAGCCUCUCAUUCCUGCUGAAACAGCUGCUGAUAUUUCUCUGAUUUUUGGAAAAACAGGGCCGGAUUAGUACAGCUAGUGCUUUUUCUCAGUGUUGAAUUGUGCAUUACUCAAGAAACCAAUUAUUUUUUUCUCUUUUGAUACAUAGCCUGUACUUCAGAUUGUACAAAACAGAGGUCCUGAUAUUUUCAAAGAAUACUAAUCUUUUAUCAGGCAACCUCCCUUCAGUGGGAGUCUCUUUAUUAUGUUGCAAAGCAAAGCACUUGGGUUAGAAGUUCAGGACCUGGGGAUAUCAAGUGUUCCACCACAAAUGGAAAACUAACUUUGUUUAAUCUGUGCCAGACUUAUUCAGAUGAGGACUUGCACUCUUUCAGUUUACAUUGAGACCCAGCCCACAAUCCAUCCCACUGGACAUUUUUUCUCUCAUGGAAUUGUGCGUACUAUUUCCUCCCCCCCCUCCCCCCCCAGUUUGGACUCAGAUGGCCAUGUGCUUUGAUAGUACUACACUUGGAAGAUGCAUUGAAACUGCAGUGGUCUGCGCUGAAGCGAAGAAUGUCUGAGAUAUAAGAAUAACAACAGGCCCACACUUCCACAGGGACACCCCACACCCAUAAACCACACUGGAAAUGCAAACUUUCUCACUCUUUUGGAUUCCACAAGAGGAAAAAAUGGCAAUGCGACGUUCGGUAUUGUCAGUAUUGUGUUAUGCACAAAGAAUACGGAAGCAUUCGUUUUAAAUUUUGUGCCUUUAUAGCGACCAGUUAUCUGUAAAUAUAGAGCAGAUACAGAUUGUAUUUUGGGAGGGAAGGGAUCCUUUUUAGUGAUUUUUUUAAAUAAAUAAAUAAAGUAUGGAAUUAAACGUUAAAAAUGGAGAAUUUCAAACUAAUCAAAUGUUACAUGAAAGAAUAAAUUUAUAUAAUCCUUGUUACAUUGCUGAUUAAA